AUGCCUCCACCCUCUGGAAUCCAUGUAAUGAAGAGUGCUUCGAACCAUUUGAGCCCCAAAAAGCAUCCUUGGCACGCCUUUUCCAAGGAUGGGGAAGACGAAUUUCGGUGAGAAAAUUUUGAUUUUUUUAGUAAAUUCAGGCAAAUUCUGUUGAGAUUCGUUGUGAAAAUGACUUAUUAAGGCCUUGGAAAAUUUUACAGAGCUUAUGGAAGGUUUAGGGAUCAAUUUUUAUAUUAUCCAUGACAUUUUGACCAAAAAUUUGAUAAGCCCCAAAUCAACAUUUUUUCGACCUCAAUUCUUAUCAAAAUUGAUUUCCAAUAAAACUAAAUUGCUCUUCCUUUAUCUGCACACACAAUUUUUACUUCAAAUCCGUGUUUUAGAUUCGAAAAAAUCCAUAUUCUCCGUCAUGGCUGGGGUUAUGGUGGAAAUACGGCGGCGAUUUCGCUGUACGCCGCUUUUCAAACAGUCCCAGCCGACAUGAUGUGUGCCAGCUUUCAGUCGCAGUUUAUUCGACCGGUCGACAAGCCAACGGUCAAGGUUUUCGUGGAGAGAUGUCGGGAAAGUUCGGCGGAGGUUCAUCGGUUGGUGAAGUUGUAUUGUGAUGGGAAAUUGGCGUAUCGGAUGGACUGUAGAUUUUGUAAAAAGCAUUUGGUACGCUUUUUAGGGUGGUUGAGAUUGGUUCUAAAAAAAUUUUAGAGCAUUUUAUGGGAAAUCAAGUUUUCGCGGUGGGACUAAAUUUUUUUGUUAAAAAGGGCCUAAAAUACGAAAAUUGGAGAUUGUGUUAAAAAAAUGUAUUCCCAAAAUGCCCUAAAAUGGUUUUUUAUUCUCUAUGAUUUUUAAUUAGCCACUUUUCCUGUCAUUUUUGGACAUUUUAGACGUUUUCCCUGAUCUUCAGGGAUUUCGUGGUGGGACUCAAAUUUGGUCUCAGAAUUUUGUUAAGAGGUUUGUAAACAUCUCUAAGAUCAGUGUAAAAAAGAUUUUAAUAAGAUUUGCAAAUCGUAUUUUACCCAUUAUUCUGAAUUCUUCGAAAUUUACAUUACUACUUUCAGAACUUCACCAAUAUUCCUCAAACCCCACACAAAUUUCCCAACGUCACCCCUCCAGAGUCUUGCCAGACGAGUUAUGAGAUCCUAAAGGAUUAUCAAAGCUCAGGAGGCGAUCUCAGUGCCGUGCGAAACGUGACUUUCGCGGAUGACCAGCCUCAAAUUGAUCAUCGAUUAACAAACGGAGUGAAUGGAAUUACCGGAUACGACGAGAAGAAAUAUAGUCAUACAAUCUGGUCAAGGUACAAGCUAGAGAAUCGUAGGUAAAACUAGGAAUAUUCUAGAAUCUAGGAAUUCAUUUUUGGUGGAAGUUUGGAAAGCUCCAAAAAAUCCGUCAUCAUAACGGUUUAUUGGCCAAACUAGAAGGUUCCAAAAUGCGAAAAUUUUUUAUAGCAAUGUAAAUUGCAGAAGGAAUAAAAAUUUGUAAAAAUUGUUUUUGAAAAUUGUGAAUUGAACAAAUCAUGAUGACGGAUUUUCUGGAAUUUCGUAAAAAGUCAUCGUUUUUCCAAGCUUUUUGAUGAAAAUCAUAGUCAAAAUGAAGAACUGAUAGAUUUUGCCAUCUUUUCAAAAAAAAUUUCAUUCUAAAAUAUCAAAAAAUAUGUCAUCAUGACCGAUUUUUUGGAAACCGAAAAAUUUUUUGUCUUGCCGAAAUUUUCAAUUUUAAUUGAAGUAAGAUAUAGGAUGCUGUAUGAGGACUUUUCAGAUGACAUGGACCGAAAUUUCGAGGAGCUGGUCCUCACAAACCUGUCGGAUCUGGGGAUGUGUUACGCGUCAUGUUUAAUGUUCCCGAAGCAAUCGUUCAAUCGCGUCGCCUCCCUCUCGUUAUCCGUGUGGUUCCAUUGUGCAAAGUGAGUCGAUUAGCAACAGAAUACGUCUGGCUGAGUUUCAGUUUCAACGCCAACGACUUUGUCCUUCAAAAACAUGACGUCAUCGGCCAUAAUCACAACCGAUCUCUGACUUCGGGGCAAAUGUGGUCGCGAGAUGGUCGAUUAUUGGCUACAGCCAUCCAAGAAGCUAUUAUUGAGGUGAAUGAGGACAAGAAAGCAAAGUAUUAG